CCGAGCAUCCCCGCGCCCCGCGCCCCGCGCCCCCGCCGCCCUCGUCGGCCAUGGCCCGGGAGAACGGCGAGAGCAGCUCCUCCUGGAAAAAGCAAGCGGAAGACAUCAAGAAGAUUUUCGAGUUCAAGGAGACCCUCGGAACCGGGGCGUUUUCUGAAGUGGUCUUAGCCGAAGAGAAGGCAAGUGGAAGACUCUUUGCGGUCAAGUGCAUUCCGAAGAAGGCGCUGAAGGGCAAGGAGAGCAGCAUAGAGAACGAGAUAGCGGUUCUGAGAAAGAUCAAGCAUGAAAACAUCGUUGCCCUGGAAGACAUUUACGAAAGCCCCAAUCACUUGUACUUGGUCAUGCAGCUUGUAUCCGGUGGAGAGCUAUUUGAUCGGAUAGUGGAGAAAGGAUUUUACACAGAGAAAGAUGCCAGCACUCUGAUCCGCCAGGUCUUGGAUGCUGUCUACUAUCUCCACAGAAUGGGCAUUGUCCACAGGGACCUCAAGCCGGAAAAUCUCUUGUACUACAGUCAAGAUGAGGAAUCCAAAAUAAUGAUCAGUGACUUCGGAUUGUCAAAAAUGGAAGGCAAAGGAGACGUGAUGUCCACAGCCUGUGGGACCCCGGGCUACGUUGCUCCUGAGGUCCUGGCCCAGAAACCAUACAGCAAAGCUGUUGACUGCUGGUCCAUCGGGGUGAUUGCCUACAUCUUGCUCUGUGGCUACCCUCCCUUUUAUGAUGAAAAUGACUCCAAGCUCUUUGAACAGAUCCUCAAGGCAGAAUAUGAAUUUGACUCCCCCUACUGGGAUGACAUCUCCGACUCUGCAAAAGACUUCAUCCGGAAUCUGAUGGAGAAAGAUCCAAAUAAAAGAUACACCUGUGAGCAAGCAGCUCGGCACCCAUGGAUCGCUGGUGACACCGCCCUCAACAAAAACAUCCACGAGUCGGUCAGUGCCCAGAUCCGCAAGAACUUUGCCAAGAGCAAGUGGAGACAAGCAUUUAAUGCCACGGCCGUCGUGAGGCAUAUGAGGAAGCUCCAUCUCGGCAGCAGCCUGGACAGUUCAAAUGCAAGUGUUUCCAGCAGCCUCAGCUUGGCCAGCCAAAAAGAUUGUGCGUCUGGUACCCUCGACACUCUGUAGUCUUGUUUCUUCUUCCUCGGGGGUCUCUGGAGUGGGGUCGGAGCGGAGACCGAGGCCCACCACUGUGACCACAGUGCACUCUGGAAGCAAGUGACUGCCUCUGGAGGCAGGGCCAGGGCAGGGGGCCCCCAGCGCCACCUGCCCCUCCAGAGUGAUCCCACCUUGCAUGGUGCGCCUUCCUGCACAGGACUGGAAGACAGAAGUUUUUUAUGGCCAUAUUUUAUACUGCAAUUCUGAAGUGUUCAUUUCUCACAAACUGUACUGACUCAAGGGAGCUGACGCGUAAUAGGAUCUGGUGCUGUACAUACGAAUCUUGCAAAAGCUCUGCAGGAACGGACCUCCCUCGUCCUCUCCCCCAAGCCCUGUCACUUCCGCUCUUCUUGGUAUGGGUAACCGUCUAUGUUGUAUUUUUUCAUUAAUGACAAAAAAAAAAAAAAAAAAAACCAAGGUUUCAACUGGAUUAUUUAAGUAUUGGUAAAUAUUGCGCAUUAGGGUUUUAUUUUUUACCUUUUGAGAAAUAACGCCCUUCUGAUCUAGACUUAGUCACAUGAUCUGUAUCUUUGGCUUGUCAGUAGUAGAGUUUUAUGUUAACCUUUAAGAGAUGUUUUGUUUUUCUUUCUUCUCUCCCCCCACCAAGAGGAAUGUAAAGGUAUUUUUUAAAAUUCUAAUAAGAGGAUCAAGAAUCUGUCUCCAAGGCGAAGAGUGCACUUUACUUCUAUUUGUCCUCCUUCUCUCUCCUUCCCUGGAGGAGCAGCCCUCUAAGAAAACAACUCCCCGGUUCCUCGGGGCUGUCUCAUGUCCAGGGCCCGUCUUGGGAAGGAACCUGCAGAAAACCUUUGCCGGCACCCACCCCCUCCAGCAGCCCCCUGGCCACCUGGAGACCCCAGGGGCCUUCUCCCACCAGUGGUCAGAAAUAAAGGAGCCUGCUGCCCCGAUACGAAGGCUCACCCUAAGGAGUCUUUACCUGCUGUGAAGGAGAUGCCCAGCAAAGAUUUAAGAGCCUGCCUUCCAGAAGGAACCAGCCACCAGUGUGUCCGAAGGGAAUGCCCCGCACAGCUCCUGUUUCUCACGAGGGUGACACAGAAAGCUCGGCUCUCAGCUAUGCAGUUUUGAAGUUAACCUCUCUGUUUUUUAAAAAUGCAUUUCUAAUCUUAACACUUAAAAUGGCCUCCACCUCACAGAAGUCGUUUCUGCAGAUUUUUACCCUGUUCCUCUAUGAGUGUUACUACCAAGGCGAGGCGAGGGCAGGGGCCUGGGGAGAGAGUCCGUUGACCUGGGGUGGGAGGGAGAGGUGGCCUGCCGAGCACGCGGGACAACCGGCCCCCACGGUGAGGGCCAGAGCCGGCCUCUGCCAGGCCCCGCCAGCCCUGGGAGCCCUCCUUCUGACCAGGGCAAUCUGAAAACCAAAGACCUGUGAGGGUGGUGUCACAAAAGGGCCCGGUUUGCCUGGGACUGAAGAAUUUCUUGGGGUGUAGGACUCUUGUUGCUAAAGCUGGCACUGUCCUGGGCGAACUGGCCACAUUGUGCGUCCAUGUGGUGCGUAGAUGUGUGGGUGGGAAACCCAAGGCAAACCACUUCUGGGGGGUAGGAGGCUUCAGGGAUGCUCCCUUGCAGAGGCAUGCAGGUGGCUCCAAAUGCUAGCUUUGCAAAAGCCCUCCCUCGGCCCUCCUGUCCAUGCAACACCAGGAGUCUGCAUUUUGCACCGUCAGCCUCAGGCUGGCCACCUGUCCCUGUGGCCCAACAACUUUACAGGCAGAAGAAAAUGGCAUGGAGAUUCUAAAGAGCAUCUGAGAAAGCUGACGUCUCUCUCCGGGGGGCUUUGUUAGGGUGUUGCUUACUAACAGGUGCAAUGGAACAUUCAUGUUUCUGUAGUAUCAGAAAACAAGCCAUCAGCUGUUACAGGGGCUGGUAAUUUGCCCAAAUGUGGUCCCUAUCACGUGUGCGUGAAUAGUUGUCAAAGUAGUUGUUUGCCCUGUGAGCUAGAUGCAGCCAGGUGCUGCAUUGGGAGAGCACCCUAGAAGCCAGAGUCACUGACGGGUGACUACAUUAUUCCCUAGAGCUGAUAUUUGGGGUCCAUGUUCCAAUCCAUUAGUUUGAAAGUAUGUCUCACAGGACAAGUGCAGAACAGGUCAAAGAUGAGCCACGUUGCAAGCGUCCCCUCUGGGGUCUGGUCAGCCCUUGGCCAUGCUGGGCCUGUAACGCUCCGGGUCUCGACAACAGCGUGUGAGGAGAUGGUGACUGCUUUCAGGCCAAACAUCGACUGUGUUGAACUUGACAUCAGGCAAAUCCAUACUGUUUCAAAGUCACCAGACUUCAGUCAUUUCCUAUUGUUUUAGGAAGAGGAGAAAGAACUCUUGCUCUUUGAGAGAGCCUCUGUGGCAAAAGGAUCGAGGUUCUCUUUCAACCACAUUUGGUAUUAUUUAUGCUUUAUUAUCACAUCACAUGGCAAGAGAACCCAGAAUGUGCCUUCUGUUGAGACCUGCCGAGGGGGGUGGCCAGGCCCCAGGACCCUCGCCGAUUUCAGAUCCCACCAGUAGUAGCUGAGCAUCUCCUAUGUGCCCCCGGCCUCCACUCCCUGUGGAAGCCAGUGUGUGGCCAAGGCUCAGGGACGGCCACUGGCCCCCUCGUGGGCUUCCUUUCGACCCCAAGCUCCUCACUGGUCUCCUAAGCCUCUCAAAGCAAGUAGAUGAUUUUUUUCACUUGAACAUGACCUGUUGAAAUUGUGUUCUCGAAUGGUCUCUCCCUCAGCUGCCUAUCCCUCAUUUCCCACUUUGCACCUCCUCGGUGAGGCCAUGGGCGAAGCGAGCACUGAAGCAAGCAGAGUGUGAGCCCACACGUGGGCCCCCCCCAGAGCAGCAGCUGAUCGCUCCUAAUCAGGGUACCCCGGAGUCUGGAGCGCUCACUGCUCUCCCUCGGCGAGCACUCCGGGGCCUGGGGUAUUGCACUGGGAUGGGGUGUAGGCAGCCGGAGCCAAGAGGGGCAGGGAGUCCCUGUGGGAAGUACACAUGAGCACGGAAAACUCUUCAAAAAGGAGAAGAUGCCCAGAUAGAUUGACCGCAGCUCCAGGGCAGCGUGUGGCCCCUGGAGCGGGCAGGUGUCCCCAUCUCCCACUGCCUCUGACCCCAUGAGAGAACAGCAAGGAUAACAUCCCCCUUCGUGUCUACUUUUUAAAGAAAAGAGCUAUGCAGAAAGCAUGCCAGAAAAAUUAAGAAGCUGCCAGGGCUUAGCGCUCUUGACUAUGGCAAUGGUUCCGGUCGCUUCUGAAAUCCCAGCUGGGGAGCGGGGAGCAGCUUCACCUCCCUGCACGGGAGCCUUUGGCCUUCGAGAGGGUCCCUUUCUCCAACCAGCUGCUAGUGUCAUGUUCAGGGAACUCAGCAGGCUGGGGCUGAACAGGCAAGGCUCCGGCACUUAGGAAGCAAGGGCCGUCUGAUGACAGGGAUCAUCAUGUCGUGACCCCCAGACUCAGUUGACCUGCCCGGCACUCACCUCAUCCUGUUCGUUUAUCUACCUUGGCGUCCAACACAUCCCAGAUGGGCUGUGGGUGGGAGAGAGGAACUCCCCUUCAGGAUGAAGGUCAGGAACACGAGGGACCAGCCCCCCACCCCUGAAAGGGGGUUGAGCCUCUCUCUCUCUCUCGAGGAGUGACAGCUUCAUCUGAUGACCCCAUGGGAUGUGACAUUUUAAGAGCAAUCUUAAACAGCAAAGACCGUAUCCAGCGGAGAUAACUCAGUACUUGAGCCUCGGCCUGCACUGAUUCUCGCCCUGGAGCAGCCACACGGGAAUCAGGGCGCCGGGGCUGAGGACAGAGAUCUGGGGUGACUGCUGUGCUUCCCCCGGCAACGCUCCCCAACCCUGCGUGGCUCCCAAGGUCUCCUUCUGAUGCGUGAAAGGAAAGCAAGGGCCGGCAGAGGGCAGCUCCUCCCAUUUUGCAAACAGAAAUAAGAUGUACUGCUUCCCAGGGUCACGCGCUCGCUUCUGGCCAAUGAAACGAAGGGCCUCUGUUUCAACCAGCGCCCGAGCCCGUUGCAUGUUCUCCUGAGACCGUCAACUACGUCCACGUUCCCUCUGCCCAGACUCGGCAAUGUUUGCCUUUUCCUUAAAACACAUUCCAGACCAAACACUGUUCGGUUUGUUCCAAACAGCCACAACGACAACGAAAGAUGUGUAUACCUGUAUGUGACCCACCACUCUUUUGGGGUGUGGGGGGCGGGGGGCACCUGGCCCUAGGUUGGGGCUGCAGGUGUCCCUGACAUUUGCAAACCAGCGUUCCAGCCCUUUGGUUUUCGGAAUGGAAAGUGUUGAGAUAGAAAAGGUGAACUGGACAGAGUCCUACACUUGGGGGAGGGGCGGUGGGGGGUGUUUCCUGAAGACACCGAGGAACCCAGUCUGCAGCUGAGCCGGCUGCGGAGGCCAGCAGGUGGGGAGGAGAAAGGAAGGCCGAGGGCCGCCCCCCUUCCGCCCCUGCACCCUCCUCGUGGCCCAGCGUGUCAGGCUCUGCAGCCCGGCCCCACUGUGAAGUCGCCCCCCUGCCACCUGCUGCCCGAGCCGCCGUCCGCUUCUGGCUCUGGGGGGCCUGGGGCUCCGCUUCUGCAAACCCGAAGACCGUGCAUUUGGCAGCCAACCCCACAGCAUGCGGCUGCCAGGUCUGGUUUCGUGGACAAAGCAAAGUGUGGAAUGGCUUCUCGGUGUCCGUAUCUCUACACCAAAGGGACGAGCUGUCGCGUUCACCCCGUGUCCUGUGGCCGCUUCUGCAUUUGCCGUAUCUAUUUUUAACCUUUUGGUCCUUGGGGGAACUUCUCAUACAGUGAUUUUUGUCUUCUGAUUACUUACUGAAUUAUUUUACUUAGAGGUGAUUUUAUUUUCUUAUGGACAGGAAAAACAAAAACAAAAACAACACAAAGAAAACGAGAGGAGUGUUUGAGGCUUCAGUCGUAGAGAUAAGUCAUCACCGGGGACUCCAAAGCCCCAAACACUCAAUAAAUUACUCCUCAAAGGAAAACCUUAAUCUGGACAGAGCGAGAUUGCCAGGCGCUCGAGCCAGCCUUGUAUUUCGGGGCCUGGGGGCUGGGACUGGGCUGGCAGCCGGGCUUUCCAGGGAGAAAAAGAAGGAACAGGAGCGUCGCUCGCUGGGACAUGGGUCAUACACACAGAAGCCUGCCACCCCCGUUCCCAGGCCCUUGCGUCGGAGUGUGUGACAUGCUGGCCAAUGACAGCAGAGAGGCCGCAGAGCAUCUUUGUUUCCAAAGAUGGGCGGCAUGUUUCAGAGAACACUUAGUGCCACUUUCGGGUUGGACAGCAUGAAAAGGCACGUUCUGUCCAGAAAAAAAAAAUUGGAACAAUUUCUCAAUUGGCCUUAGUCACUUCUCAGAGCCCUCCCAGCAGCGAGUGAGCAUGUUUUCCAAAAGCUUACAGCCGGCGAAUCCAGGAAUGUCCCCGCGUCUAUUAUUAUGAGGCUUGUGAUUGGUUCAAUUGUCCCAUAAAAACACGUUUGUCCCAAAGAAGGGAAACUGUGCAUUUAUUCCAUGCAUGUAACAAACUCUGCAAGAAGUUUAACCCACAUAGGUUUGCGGCACUGCAAAAUUGUUCAUGGGCCUAUGUAGCAAAUGAUUCUCUGCCUUGACAAUCAUGUACACAUAUCAAGAUUUCUAUCAUAAUGAUAAUGAGAUUGAUGACUUCUUGUUUUCCUCCAAUAAAGACAAUUAAUCACCUUCA